GAACCAAAACUUCAACCAUAUGAUGUUAUGGAAGUUAUGAAAUUACCUAAAGAAUUUCCAGAUAAUUAUUGGCAAUUUCAUGAUAAUAGUGGUCAUGGAAUGAUAAAUUAUAUAAACAAACAAAAUCCACUUGAAUUAUUUAAUGUAAAAGCAACAGGCUAUGACCCUAUUAGUGGUAUGAUUCUUUCACCUGAUGGCACAAUGCUUGCUUCAUUUGGUGAUUUUAUUUUUGAUGAAAAUGUACUGAUAAACUUGAAGGCUAUAAUUGAAGAAGUAUUAUCAAUUAAAAGUGUUACAUUUAAAGAAGAAAAUUAUUACAUAGGUUCAAGCCAAGAUGGAAAUUUAUUAAAUUACAUUAAAGAAAAAGAAUGCAUUGAUGAUGAAUCCGUUGGAGUACAAAUGGUGAUCGAUGAAGUAGAUAACAUUAAUUAUGAUGAAGAAAAUGGUCCAGCUUUAUAUGGUGAAUAUAGAAACUGGACUAGUGAAGAAAUAACAAUCUUCUUGAAAUACAAUUUAGAAUUGUGCUGA